AUGGGGUGCCAGCACUCGGCGAGCAAGCGCGACGAGGAGCUGGCCACCAUGAGCCAUGACACCUACGCCACCCACCACAGCCAGCAAAGUCGCAACAGCCGCAACAGCUACUGCAGCGUCACCUCCCUGACGGGGCCACCGAUGCUGUCGCCGAAGAGCGGCGGAGCGCAACAGCAGCUUCUGGCAACCCCGACACCGCAGAAGAGCCCGCGCUCGAUGGUGACUCGCAUGGCCGCCCACAUUCGACAUUAA